AUGGCUAGUGUGGGCGAGAACGGGUCUGCCGCGAGUAGCCCGACGUUGUCGUUGAAAGGUCGAGCAAACGAGCUCAAGGCCGAGGACUCGCUACUGGGCCCACCACGCUCAUCGGUCCUCACACCGUCCUCCUCGACAACCCCCCAGGUCUCCCUCCUCGGUCCCGACUCUUCCCCUUCGACCUCUCUCUUCCCGCCUAUCGAUGCGAACGGCAUUAGCGCAGCAAGUGCGACGUCCGCGCUAGCCGCACGACCUCGAGCCGGCACCCUUCCUUCGACUUUCCACCUGCGUUCAUCCGCGGCAGGCCUGCGAUCAGCUCUUGCCGCGCCCGACGCCCUCCUGGCUCCUUCAGCCUUCCACAACGGUACAGCGUCUCUACCAGGUUCAGGCCCGACCACCCCGCUCGAACAGCCUUUCGCUUCGGCCCUCCUCCCACCUUCUUCCGCUGCCGCAACCCAACAUCGACUGCGAUCCGGCUCGUUGACCCUCCCACCGUCGAGUCUGUCGAGUGCAUUCGGUCCAGGCGUUUUCUCGAGCGCAGACUGGACGACGCGGACAGAUCGCAGCGGAAGCGACCCGACAACUCGGCUUUCGACCCUCGCGAGCGAUCCUCGAAGCCCGGACGAGAGCUCAUACGGAGACGACUCGCAUGUGCGGACACUGGACUACCUCGGACUGGCGGAAGAGACCUCUUCGAGCGGUGGCGGCACGAACGAAAGCCUCUUGACGAGUGCACCUCUUCAUGCGACGGGUGUCAAUGCCCGGUCGAACUCGCUGUCGGGGUCGCUGGCGCCUCCGAUGCAGCGAUUGGGAUCUACAGGCAGCAUCCAGCCUGCUCCGAGCGCGCUGGGCGACUUUGCUGCACACCAGCGCCUCCGAAGCCACACGGUCGCCUCUGCCUUCCCGCCCCGUUUCAAUGCGGACGCUCUCUCCCUCUUCCACUCGCCGCACCCGUCCGCCUCGUACCCUAGCUCAGCUGCAGGACACAGUCCGGCAGCCGCGCGCGACGACCCGUUCAACUCGUCGCCGCCCCAGCCGUACCACCUGCCCUCACACCCUCUCCACCGUCCAAGCAGCUCGUCCGACCAUACGCGCCUCCUGUACGCGACAGCUGCCAGUUUAUCCGACGCUACCACACCGCCUGCACAAGCCGAAGCGAGCGUACCUGCACCCGCGCCGCCGCUCGUCAGCCUCCUCCCGCCUCAGCCUCCCUCCUCCUCCUCUGCCGCCGCGGACCACCCAAAUCGCGGACGGUCAGCAACGAUUGGCAUCAUCGACGACUCGAAGGGCGAGAUGAUCCCACGUCGCAGGGCUGGCACGACCGCUGGGAUCCCUCCUCGACACCUCGGAAUUGGCGCAACGAGUCCUGGAGAAGGUCCGGUUGCAGCGAUGGCUUCGAGGAUGGGCAGGCUCAGCAUCAGCGAGGACCCGUCGCAGGGGGGCUCAGGCUGGGGCACGUCCGAAGGAGCCGUCUCGCUCUCGCCGCCCGUGCAGCAACCGACGCGCAGUCUCUGGGUCGGCAACCUCGACCCUAAGACGACGCCCGCCGAGCUCCAGGACGUCUUUGCGCCGUACGGAGCCAUCGAGAGCUUGCGGUUGAUCCCGGAAAAGGAAUGCGGCUUCGUCAACUUCGUCUCGGUUGCGGACGCGAUGCGCGCCAAGGAGGACGUUUUGAACCGCCUCGGCGGCCAGCUCACCAAGACGAGCGGCCUCGUUCGCAUCGGCUACGGCAAAGCCGAGUCGACUCCCGCUCCGACCGCGCCCGGCCUCGUCCACCCUCGCUCGACUGCCGGUCCCGCCCCCGUCUCUGCCGCCGAGAUGAACCUGCAGACUCAGCCGACGAGGGCGCUCUGGAUCGGUUCGAUCCCGCCGACGACCACACCCAACCACCUGCUCGCCGUCUUCUCGUCGUUCGGUCCCAUCGAGAGCGCGAGGGUCCUCACGCACAAAUCUUGCGGGUUCGUCAACUUCGAGCGGCUCGACGACGCCGUCGCCGCACGCAAGUCGCUCAACAACCGCGAGAUCCUCGGCGCCGAAGUCGGCCCUGUUCGCAUCGGCUUCGCCAAGGUCCCGACAAAGGUCUCGAAUGCGCCUUUCGCGAACCAGGUCAACGGCGACGGCACGCCUGCUACAGCGGCUGCGAACGGCAUCGGCUCGUACCCGCACGUCUACAACGCCCUCUCGCAGAUCAGCGGCGUGUCGAACAUCCCUGUCGAGCGCCAACUCGCCGACGGCCAGAUGCAGGACUAUCGCAGCAACAUGGUGCUCGGGCUCGUCGGGAACAGCCACUACGCCACGGCGCACGCCUUCCAGCAGCCGUCUCCGCCGCAUGGUCAGCCCGUCGAGACGCACAAGGGUUCAAUCAACGAGAUGCAGCUUCUUAUGCGCGAGCUCAGCCAGGGCGACCCGGAUCUCGAGGAGCACGUCGCUGCUGUCGGCGAGGAGCGACCGCCCAUCAUGUACUAUACCUCGAUCCCACUCGCCGUGCUCAACGACCCUCGCUUUGCCCGCCGCUACUCUAACAACGAUGCGCCGCGCCUUCGUGAGAUACGCAAGAGGCUCGAGUCUGAGUUGCCGAUGGACGAGGUCGACGAGAUUGCUCAUGACCUGAUGGAUGAGAUCGUCCCGCUCGCGUCCGACUACCUUGGCAACACGCUCGUCCAGAAGCUCUUCGAGCAGACGUCGACGCCUGUCCGCAAGGCUAUGCUCGAGCGCAUCGCGCCUCACCUCGCUCCAAUUGGAACGCACAAGAACGGUACCUGGGCUGUGCAGAAGGUCAUCCAGUGCGCGCAGGACGAGGACGAGUAUGCGCUGAUCCAGCAGAGCUUGACGCCGUACACGCCGCCGCUCCUCCUCAACGAUUUCGGCAACUACGUCGUGCAAGGAGCCUUGCGGUUCGGCUCGCCCUACGCCGACUUCGUCUUCGACGCCAUGGUCGACCGGAUCUGGGAGAUUGGCUCUGGACGUUUCGGCGCUCGCAGCACUCGCCAAACGCUCGAGAAUCCUGAGUCGCCUCGCCUGCACGUCAAACGGGUCGCCGCCAGCAUCGUCCUCAACGCCAUCCCGCUCGCGACCAGCUCGAACGGCGCCCUCCUCAUCACCUGGUUCCUCGAAUCCUCCGACCUUCCCAACCGGUACUCGCUUCUCGCUCCUCGUUUCGCCCCGCACCUCUCGCAUCUCUGUACGCACAAGCUGGCGUCGCAGUCGAUCAUGCGCGUCAUCAACCAGCACGAGGACGACGAGGCGCAGCGCAUCAUGGUGGACGCCCUUCUCGAUCCCAACGCCAAAGUGCUCGAGGACAUCCUCGGCGACCAGAUGCACGGCACGGCUUGCAUCCAGAAGGUCACGAGCUCGACGCACCUCACCGUCGAGCGCCGCCAGUACCUCUUCGACCGCAUCAAGGAGGCGAUCGCCUCGCUCAAGGUCGAAGCCGUCCCUGCCUACCGCAAGCUGAUCGAGGAGGUCGGCGGAACCUACUUGGGACCUCCCGCCGGCAAUACGCCGCCUUACACGCCAGGUCCGCUACCUCACCACGGCGGCCGCGGUCCCGCUCGCUCGCCUACGCACGGCUUCGGCGGUCCGCCUCACUCGCACGCUCCCUCUCGCCGCGUCCCGUCCGGCCACCAGCAGUUCGUCACUCCUCAGGUCCCCUACCCGCAGGCGCCAGGUUACGGCACCGCAUCCCCAUACCCUUCCGCCUACUCUGGCGCCGCGCCUUACCCGCUAUACCCUCCGCCGCCUUUCUACGGCGGGCCCGCACCUUCCUCGCAGUUCGGCAGCCCCUUCUCGCCGCCCUUCGGCCACACUUCGCCGCCGAGCAGCCAUGCGCCCUCCGCCUCGUCCCCCGCCGUCUCGCCGAUGAUGGCGCACCCUGGCCUGCCUUUCUCGCCCGGUCUUCCGCCCGGCAGCGCAUACCCGUCAAUCAGCAGUCCCGAUCCGUUCCAGGCGCUGCGCGUCGCGUCGAGCGACUUCAACCCGGCUUUCUCGCCUCUCGCCUCGCCGCCUCCGCCGUUCUACCCGAUGGGCAGCUUCGGUACGUUCGCUGCCCAGCAAGAAGCGCCCGGCGGUCCGUUCGACGCAAACAAGCCUGGCAAUGGCUAG